CAGUCGCAAGGACGCUGCAAACCCUGAAGCAGCCGCAGGUUUCGAGUCUCUUAGCAAGGCCGGAACUGCUUGUUCCCGGAGCCCUUCCCUUGCGCAGCUGGGUGACCCCCUUCCCCUCCCCAGCCUGGGCGGCACCCGGCCUAGCCCUAUCCCGAAAAGGGGGUGGGUUGGUGGGAGAGAGGUCGGCGCUUGCCCUUCCAGCCCACCCCUCUUACCCAAAUGUAUAUAGGGAGCUGAGAGGGCGCCGCUUCUCCUGACAUCCUGGUGCAACUGAGGUCGGAUCCUCCCGCUGCUGCUGCAAAGAUGGCUUUGCUAAGCCCUCGCCCGUCCGACUUGCAGCGCUUGCUGGAGAAGGACCCCUACCUGACUCCCUUUGAGCAGGACUUCGAGCGCAGGUAUAGUCUCUUCCAUCGCAUCUUGAAGAACAUUGAAGAAAAUGAAGGUGGCCUUGACAAUUUUACAAAGAGUUACCAAACAUUUGGAGUCAACAGAUUUAUUGAUGGAGGAUUGUACUGUAAGGAAUGGGCUCCUGGGGCAGAAGCUGUGUUUCUUACCGGAGACUUCAAUAACUGGAAUCCAUUUUCUCACCCGUAUAAGAAAAUGGAUUUUGGGAAAUGGGAGUUGUUCAUCCCACCUGGACCAGAUGGAUUUCAUCCUGUGCCACAUGGAUCAAAACUAAAGGUGGUUAUCAAAAGCAGAAGCGGAGAAGUCCUCUACCGUAUUUCACCCUGGGCAAGAUAUGUAACUCAGGGUGCCAAUGUGAACUAUGACUGGGUAAAUUGGGAGCCACCAACCCCAUACAGACGGAGACAUCCUGUUCCUAAGAAGCCUAAAAGCUUAAGGAUCUAUGAAUCUCAUGUGGGAAUUGCUUCCCCUGAAGGGAAAAUAGCUUCAUAUAAAAACUUCACACACAAUGUACUUCCGAAAGUCAAGGAUCUUGGAUAUAAUUGCAUUCAGUUGAUGGCUGUGAUGGAACAUGCUUACUACGCUAGUUUUGGUUAUCAGAUUACAAGCUUUUUUGCAGCAUCCAGCCGUUAUGGACCUCCAGAUGACUUGAAGGAACUAAUUGAUGUGGCCCACUCAAUGGGAAUUACUGUCUUGCUGGAUGUUGUACACAGCCACGCUUCAAAGAAUUCUGAAGAUGGCCUGAACAAAUUUGAUGGCACAGAUGACGCAUUUUUCCACUCUGGCCCUAGAGGAACACAUGCAUUGUGGGAUAGCCGACUUUUUGACUACGCAAACUGGGAGGUCUUGAGAUUUCUUCUUUCCAACCUAAGAUGGUGGAUAGAAGAGUAUGCCUUUGACGGCUUUCGAUUUGAUGGCAUAUCAUCUAUGCUGUAUCACCAUCAUGGUAUUGGCACAGCUUUUAGUGGAGAUUACAAUGAAUACUUCGGGAUGCACGUUGAUGAUGAAGCUUUAGCGUACCUAAUGAUGGCAAACCACAUGAUACAUUUCUUGCAUCCAGAAUGUAUAACGAUAGCAGAGGAAGUGUCUGGAAUGCCUGCCCUUUGCUGUCCAAUAACAGAAGGAGGAACUGGAUUUGAUUAUCGAUUGGCCAUGGCAAUUCCUGACAAAUGGAUUCAGAUAAUUAAGGAGCUUAAGGAUGAAGACUGGGAUAUGGGCAAUAUAGUGUUCACGCUAACAAAUAGGAGAUACGGAGAGAAAUACAUUGCAUAUGCAGAGAGUCAUGACCAGGCUCUUGUUGGCGACAAGACCCUGGCGUUUCGGCUGAUGGAUGCAGAGAUGUAUGAGAACAUGAGUGUCAUCUCACCUUUUACUCCAGUUAUUGAUCGAGGAAUACAGCUUCAUAAAAUGAUUCGCCUCAUAACUCAUGCCAUGGGAGGAGAGGGUUAUCUCAACUUCAUGGGUAACGAGUUUGGGCAUCCAGAAUGGUUAGACUUUCCCAGACAAGGCAAUAAUGAAAGCUACCAUUAUGCCAGGAGACAGUUUCAUUUAGCUGAUGAUCAGCUUCUUCGCUAUCGAUUCCUAAAUGAAUUCGACAGAGAUAUGAACAAGUUGGAAGAAAGAUUUGGCUGGCUUUCAUCACCUCCGGCUUACGUGAGUGAAAAACAUGAAUCAAACAAAGUUAUUGCUUUUGAGAGGGCAAAUCUUCUGUUUAUAUUCAAUUUCCACCCAUCUAAAAGCUACACAGACUACAGAGUGGGUAUAGAAAAACCAGGAAAGUAUAAAAUUGCACUGGAUUCUGAUGCUCCGGAGUAUGCAGGACAUAACAGACUGGACCAUAAUACAGAAUUCUUCUCACAGGAGUAUGGACAUAACUGUCGGCCUAAUUCUAUUUUGCAACCCAAUUCACUGAGUGCAAGUGAUCGCCAGUCCCGAGGACAACAGCACACAUACUACCUGGAGGUGUACAUUCCAAGCAGAGUGGCUCUAGUGCUUCAGAAUAUGGAUAUCCAAAACUGAAGACAUCCAUCCUACAAUUAGAUCCAUGAUGUCAAAGGCCAGGCACCAUUUUGAGGAGAGAGAUAUCCCUGGGUUUACUGUUUGGAAACUUUUCUAUAUGAAGAUACAUAUUAAUACUGAGAGCAUUAAAUAUGGGCCUAUUGUUUGUUUAUAAUUUCCCGUUGUGAAAUGCUUAUUCAAAGAAAUAAGCAUUUAAAAUCAGAGGAAAGAAAAGUGCAUUGUUGACAACUCGACGGAUUGUUGACAGACUUAGAUUUCAGAACAGCUGGUAUCCUCAAAGUAACUCUUCCAGUAUUUUAUGAGAAAUAAUUCAAAAACUGCCUUCACUGUUUUCAACUAUUUGCUUCAAUCCCAUUUAUAAUUUUGGUACUGAAUGCAGUUUUUUCAUUAGAUGACAUUUUGUGUUAGAAAUAAAUAAAUAAUGAUGUUGUUGCCUUCAAAGGGGCCCUUAUGUAUUUGUUUGACAGUGGGUUCCAAGCUUAUUAAAUGUUUUCAGUGUUUUCAUAUGUUAAACCACUAAAAAAGCAAGGUUGUUAGAUUUAACAAACCUAUUGGAAAAUAUAUAUAUAUUGGGGAAUGAUACACCUGAAAGUACUGAGUAUUAUACCCUACAGAGCUUGCACAUAAUAAUAAUAAUUUAUUAUUUAUAUGCCACCCAUCUGACUGGAUUGCCCCAGCCACUUUGGGUAGCUUCCAACAAAUUAAAACAUACAGUUAAAGACACAGGCUCAUUCCCAAACAUACUUUCUAAAAACCAAGUCAUACAAUAAAUUGCUUAGGAAGCAAUCCAAACCCAAGAUCCACCAGUAUGAGUAGGGUUUGGAAUUGGGGUAAUUUAGGACAUCAUAAAUUACACUGGGAUUAAUCAUGCCAACUUCCUAUAGUUUGCAUUGCUCUGCUCCUCUUAUUUAUGUUUCAUUGUAUCAAAGCACAUCACAACCAGUUAUACAAAUGGCAGGCGAAGCAUGCAACUUCAGUAUCAUGCUUGGAAAUUGCGACCUCACAUCUUUGUAAAUCAAACUAUCUAACUUGCUAACCAUGAGUGAACACAUAUAGAACAUUAUUUCAAUCGAUCUAGGUGAUAACUUAAAACGUUAGCGUAAUAGAAUUGAUUCUUCACUACAUAUCUUGAGUGAGAUCCAGCGUAGUGUGAUCCUGAAUCCACUUGUGUAAUUGGGCUUCUCCUUCCCUCUGUGUCCCCCC